CAUCGAAAGUCCACUAGGUAUCCGUAAAAGUUCGCGUAUCAAGGUCAUGGAUACAUGGCAGACCGGCAGAUAGACAACGAUACUGUCAGGUAGUUCGGAAGCCGGUAGCUCACUAGCGGAUCUCAUGCCUUUGGUGAAAGUCCGACUGCAGCUCACACGUUGCACUUGCUUCCAAAUCAAAGUUAUUGAUCUCACUCUACGCCGUUUUUUCACAUCAUUGAUCGAACCAUGUCAGUAUUCUCUCUCGACGUCAGCAACACAAAUCCUGUCACGACCGAGACUGUGGAUCAACUAUGCUCCCAGCUCGGCGUGACCAUCAAGGAACAAGAGAAGGAGGAUUAUCGACGCUUAUUGGCUAUAUUCCACGAUGCUAGCGAGCAGUUGAUGGCGAUGGAUGACUAUAUCCCCACCGUGGAUGAAGAGCGUUUCCCUAGAAGGUCAGUCCAUUUUCCCAGUAGGGAAGAGAAUUCGCAUGGGGCAUGGGCCUGGAAGUGCGAUAUCGUAGACCAGCAAGAGAACGACGGCAAGUUGAAAAACAUGACAUUCGCGCUCAAGGACAAUGUUGCUGUCAAGAACGUGCCAAUGCUUCUCGGGACCAAUUUCGUAAAAGGAUAUGUACCAGACUGCGAUGCAACUGUCACUAAACGCAUCCUGGAAGCUGGAGGCCGGAUUCUCGGCAAAGCUGUCUGCGAAAACUUGUGUCACUCUGCUACCAGCCAUUCGUCUGGUACAGGUGUGGUCGAGAAUCCCUUCGCCAAAGGUUACAGCUCAGGGGGAAGUUCCAGUGGAUCGGGAGUUCUUGUCGCGCUCGGAGAGGUUGACGGCGCCAUCGGUGCGGACCAGGGUGGAAGUAUCAGAGUGCCAGCGGCCAACUGUGGUAUCGUUGGACUGAAGCCUACUUUUGGUCUCAUUCCCUAUACCGGCAGUGGUAGCAAUGAGCCGACGAACGACCAUCUCGGGCCCAUGACUCGUACAGUACUCGAAAAUGCCCUUAUGCUGGAGGUCGUCGCAGGAUACGAUAACAUCGACGAUCGAUCAAUGGCAGCUCCACGCCCAUCCGAGGUUCCUAUCUACAGCUCGAUUGAGUCUAUGUCCACUGUCAAGCCGCUUGCUGGGAAAAAGUUCGCAGUCAUUGCACAAUCUCUCGUCACACCCGCAACCGACCCUCGGGUUCUGAAAACCUUUGGUGCAGCGGUGCGUCAGUUUAUCGAACUUGGUGCAACAGUAGAGGAAGUGUCGAUACCAAUCCACUCGAAAGGUGCGGCGAUCUGGACCGGCAUCUCGAAAGUGGGUGGCUUUCUCGCAAAGACAUCUGGCUCCUUUGGGCGAAGAGGCCAUGAAAUGCUGGGAUUGAAUGCCCUUUUCAACAACAUAGGCCAGGAGAACUGGGAUGAAGCGUAUGCAUCAACCAAGAACAUAUACCUGAAUGGUCUGUACGCGGUCGACAAAUUCCCUCUUCUCCAAUCCAAGGCAACAAAUCUAUCGCGACAACUACGAGAUGCUUACGAUGCGGCGCUGGAGAAGUACGACAUUCUGUUGACUCCAACACUUCCAUAUGUUGCGACUAGUCAUGCGUCACCGGAUGCUACACCACUCCAACAGAUCACAAAGCAGAUAGGGCUGACCUCCAACACUGCGCCUUUCAACCAGAGUGGGCACCCAGUGCUUGCUUUACCGAUAGGAAUGCUGGAGGUUCUCGAGGGUCCUGGUGUUGUGGACGGGGUGAAGCUGCCAGUCAGUAUGCAAAUCAUUGGUAAGUGGUGGGACGAGAUGACAGUUUUCGAAACUGCAUACGCUUGGGAGAGGGCAAAUGAUUGGAAAGCAAUGUGAAAUGCUGGAGGUUGACAUAGCAUUCUACUAGUCCUGCAGUGUACUCUUGAUCAGAUGUAACGGAUACUGAGGAUUCUUGAUUAAACCCCUGGUGUCAAACAGGACUCAUAAUGCAUCCAAGAUUUGUAGCGUGUAUAGUUCAGUGCCC